GCUGGUGCGCGUGGGGGCACCGCGGCGCGACGUCGACCGUCAACUGUUUUCUGCUAACCAGUCGCGCCGUCGGCUGCUACCGCGAUCAAUAAACUCUCGAUCCAACCUUCUUAAACGUCACAAACGCCGGUCGGACCGUCCAUCAAAACAUAAAAAGCAACGGUCAAAACACAACGGUCCCCGCGAUCGCAACGCGAUGAUUGGGAUCGGUUUGAACUAGGUCUGAACCGGACUGCAAGCACGUGCCUAUUUAUAAUGCGCCACUAAAAUAGGUUCACAGGAUUAUACCGAUAUCUCGGUCUCCAGUCUGAAUUAAGUGCGUUGUCGUAGGACUGCGACAGUUCGUUUCGCGUAUUGCGGGAUUUGUACCGUUGUCAAAACGUUCGUCGUCAGGAUCCAGUUGAAGUCGUCCAAUGACGCCCGCGGUGGAUAUUUGCGACCGAGGAAGUCGAAAAGUGUAUCCUGCAUGGCUGAGUCAGUGAUGCUGUGUUUUGUGCAGGGCUUCGACGACCCUGAGGUAUCUUCCUCGGGGGUUGUCGGAAAAGAAGCCAAACUGCAAAGUGUCAAGAAUAAGUUUCUUAGAAAAUCAAGGUAUGUUGAAAUAGAACGUGUCAAAGAGCAAUUCGUAAGUCACGACCAUAAAGCUUUCUAA